UAACGCUGUUUUUUGCGGUGAGGGAAGCGGGUGGCGGUGACGGGCGGCGCUUCCCUUUGUUUGGAUCAGACCCCCAUGUGGACCCGCCGCUUAGCGCGGUGUUUAUUUAAAAGCCGCUCGGCCAGGCAGACGGAGCGCUGCCCGCAGUGAUCCACCUCAGUCCUAGGCCGCUAGGUUAUUGUUCAAUAAAGUCUUAUCCUCCAGCCUUCAUCGAUGAGCUUUGUGGAAGCAGAUUGAAGCAGAGAAAGUCCUGUAAUGGAGUCAGGACAGGACCAGGCUGAUGGCUUACAAAACAGAAAGGAUGACUUAAUUAAUUUCAGCAUCCCUGUGGAUUAUUCCGUUGAUUGCUCAAGAAAUCAGAGAGAAGGGCUGCAGGCAAACGACCCUUUAGAACUAUUGCAUAGUGGGACCAUGGAUACACAAUACAAUUUGUGUACCAAAAACACAACUGAUGACUUGGAGACCAACACUGGGUCUACUGUACCUCAGACUGACAAGGUACAUUUGGAUGAUGCUAUCUCAAGUACCACAGUAACUGUCUCUUAUGUCAAUCGGCCCCACCUGUUCUCUUCCCAACGGAUAUUACAGCAUUCCUUGCAUGAGCAGCCAUUGGCAUCGCUCUUUAUUCCAUCUGUUUGUGUACAGUCACAGCAGAUGGUGCCAGCCUCAUUAGAUUCAUCCAUACCUACCGAAUUCGUCGACUCAUCAUUUGAGACCUCUAUGUUGGCACAGUCUGGUGAUCUGGAAUCCAUUAGAAGAGGACUUGAAAAUGGAAUUGACUGUAGCCUUAUGAACCAGCACAGACUCAAGGCACUGGACUUAGCUGCUUCUGCAGACCAUGAACCUGAAUCAUGUGGUAGUCCGCUCGAACAGACAUUAGACACUGUGGAAGAAACCUUGUAUGAACAGUCCAGUGUUUCAUCUGAUUUGGAAACGCAUGACUCUGUGUGCCAGUUUUCUGAAGAAAUACAUCAGGAAAAUGAAUGGCUUGAUACUGUAAGUCCUGCUGAAACUGAACAAGACUCCGAAAUGCUUGUCAUAGAGCUGACUGGGUCUUCAACGCCAGAGAACAGGCCAAACAAUGAGGAACAGUGUGAAAACGGAAACUUGCCGGGCAGUGUGGACCACUGUGAAACACAAAAUGACACUGGUGUAUUCACUGGUGUUAAAAGCUUGAGUAACCAGUAUGCAGAGGGAGAGCUUCAGCCUCUCAGUGACUUGAAUGGAAGCUGCAAAGACCAGGCAACAAUGACAAUAAAGAUAGAAAAUGUCAUCGAAUAUUCAGAAGUCGCAGUGCCAACUGAAUCUGAAGAAAGCCCGAGUGAAAACACAUUUGAUAAAAUAUGUCCAAAAGAUUUAGCUGAAGGGGAGCAUAAUGUUUCACUGGUUUUUGACAGAAGUAGAAUCACUUCAAAUUCCAUACAACCAUCACAAAAUUUAACGUGGCCAGAUGAUUGCCAAAGAGCAUACACGGAUAGUGUUGGGACCAACAUGACAUCAAAUUACAAAGAAGCACCCAGUGCAUGUAAUGUGCUGCAAAAUUCAGAUAAAGCUAGGUUUGCAGCAAGUAACAUUACAGUCCUUCAACAUAUGCAAAAACCUGAAAUCUUAUCACAACAAAGUAUGAAAACUGGAGCGUGGUCAUGUGACCGAGAAGUGGCUUUAACAUCUGACCUAAAGAACGGAAAAGUGCAUUGUUCAGAGAAGGAUGCUGAAAGCACCCAAAAUAACAACACAGUACAAAUCAAUUGCAACUCACCAGAUAGUAUGACUUCUCUGUGCACUGGAGAUCUGACACCAAAUUUUAAAGUAACUGAACAGCUCCUGAGUAAUGAUGAUAGCUGUAUGGAAGCUCAAAACCAAAUUUCUAUUAGUGAUGCAAAUAGUGCCCUCUCUGCAGCCAAAUUGAAUUUGAAGGAGAUUCAUGAAUCGGUGCAUUUGAAGGAGAUCCCUGAAUCGAUGCAGAUAGUUAACAAUGUGUGUGAGAACAGCAGAAAUUCAGCUUCAUUCGGUGAACAAAUGUUUCCUUCCUUGCAGAGACCAUCAGCUUCAGAAAAUAACCAUCCCAGGAUAAAGCCUUGCUCGCUUGAAUUGCACAAACUAAAUGUUCUUGAAACGGAGGGGAAGUGUGACAUUCGAGGAUAUGUAAUAGACCUGAAGAAAAAUAAUGUUGCAUCGAUGUCAUGCAGCAUUUCUAUGAGUCUGUCUUUAGCCAAGUCUGGCAAAACCAUUGAUCAUGGAGAGGAGGGAGACCCUGAUGAGAACUCUGAAGGAAAAGGUGGCCAGAGCCCCAGCAGCGAUGACGUGUGCGAAGUCCUAUCGGUUCAGGCAGGGCCACAAGUUCCUAACAGGAGGAAGCAAGCCUUGGUAGCUAAGUCUGAGGACAGUGAUGUAGUCUACAUCUCUGACGAGGAGAAUGUUAGCUGUUUGGUUACAAAAGCUGAUGUGCACCAGGAUCAGGUACAAGCUCAGGAUAAUAAGAAAUGGAGGAUGGCAAGUCAACAACAUGUGAAUCAGAAGAAACUUACAGAUCAACCUCUCCAGCAUGAUGGUAGUGCUGAGCCCAAACAUUUUGAAAGGAAGAUUCUUCCGCCAAGGCAAAGAGGGAUGAAGCUGGAGCAGAUUGUGCAAAAUAUUGUAACUCAGCCCAAGUCAAGAACAUCUAGCAGCCUCAGUGAGAGAUUAAGAAGAAGCAGGGAUGCACGGACUCCUACGAGGUUUCAACCACCAAGAAGCAAAUCAUUCAACUCUGCUGCCGAACAGAAGUCCAAGAGUGGUGCUGGACGCUCCCCCUGCAUCAGAGAUUCCUCACAAAAAAUGUCUUUGGAAUGUAAAAUGCAAGAACAAAAUGAGGCUAACCAUGGAGAAGCAGGCACAAUAGCUGUGGAGAAACUCAACAAAAAUAAAUCUACCUCAAUUCCAGGCUCUUGCCAGGAACAUACUACAAAACUGAGCACUCCUAUUUCCCCUGCCACGUCUUUCUGCAGUGCUGCUUCAUCUUCAAAACAGUUGACAGAGAUUUCCCGAAAGGGGCAUACUUCGGGCAGUAAGCAAGACUUUGGUAAACCUGACCUCAAAUGUUUAAACAGGAGCAGAAGCAAGCAGCUGGCAAGCAGUAGGAAUGCCACGCAGCCAAAGAACUGCAUAUCGUCCCGGCAACAAUCUUCACAGCAGAGGACAAGGGGCACAGCAAGGAAGAGAAUACGCAAACCGGCAGGUAAAAAGCGACAGACAAGGCGGGGGCAACCCUCAUCGUUCUUUGCACCUGACGAGCCUGAGAUAAAACUAAGAGCAUUGACUCUUAAGGCUGAGGACCGACGUGAUAGAUAUGAUAGUUUUUCACCUUACAUUAGGGUAGAGACAAAGGGUUAUUCAAUGUGCACAGUAGUAAACUAUGCCGAGGAGGAUAGUAACAAUCUUAAACAAAAGAAACAUUCCCAGCAGCAGUCGCAUGGUGCAGUUCCAAAAUCAUCUUGCUUGACAUUGGGUCCUACAAUUAAUGAGGCCUCUCACAAAAGCUUUCUUGUCUGUUGUCUUUGUGGCCAGUCUGCAAAUGCUAUGGAGCAAGGUGAUCUUUUUGGACCUUUCUAUCCUGGAGGAUAUACACCUUUGAGCAACCAAACUGCCCGGUCAAAAGAUACCAAGACUGAGCCAGCUGGCACAGAUGUCUCCAGCCCUAGUUGUAAUUCUAUUAGGAAUGCAGUAAAUAAAACUCCAGGACAAAGUCAGGAGUCUAGAACAAGGGAAGGGGCAACAACCCGUGGCCAGAAACGCAGAGGUUUGGACAGUGUUGAAGAGGCCGCAAAAUGUUCCGAUAGUAAGAAGCCUAAGAGUGAGCUGUCUUUGGAAGAGUGGUACCAGCCUCCAUUAGUCCCAAUGGACACUAACGAAUACUGGAUGCAUGAGGACUGUGUGACGUGGUGUGCUGGUGUAUUUCUUGUAAGAGGAAAGCUGUAUGGUUUGCUGGAGGCUAUCAAUAUCGCACGGGAGACGCUCUGUUCCAUGUGUCAGAAAACCGGUGCCACUUUAGGCUGCUACAUCAAAGGCUGUCCUCUUAAAUACCACUAUGCCUGUGCUGUAGAUAGUAAAUGUUUCCUAAAUGAAGAUAAUUUCUCAAUGAAAUGUGCAAAGCACAAGGACAAAGCCCUGAAAAUUUCAGCAAAGGGGGAAAGCAGGUGACAGUGAUAUUGAGGCUCAAGUCUGCUGAACUAUUGCCUGGAGAUGGACAUGAUGUUUUGAGAGAGAGAGAGUCAGGCUUCACUUCAGCUGCCACUUGUUGCCUUUACAAUGAAGCAAACUGAAGAUCCUGAAAAAAAGCACUGUGGUCUCCCAUGCCCUUUAUUGCAUCUGUUGGUGAAGUAGAAUGAGUUAAUGUUCACGGUACUUCCAGGACCUUACGGCAUUAUUAAGAAGAUUAUUUUCCCCUAAUGUUACUGAGGCUGUUCUGUGGGGGUGGGGGAUGCAUUUCUCUGCAUUGUCUGUAAACCUUACACCAGAGUUCAAUACAUUCACCACAUGUUUCAGAGUAAGCUGCGAUAGGUUUGUGUAUGUACGGUAAAGACAAACCUCAUUCAUAGCAUUGAUUGGGUUGUGCAUUCGGAGCAGGCAUGAGAACAUGAAGCGAUCUAGAUACCCAUAUGAUAUCAUAAUUAUCUCGAUGAUUCUUCCAUGUGCAUUGUCAGGGUUAAAAUCAACAGUGGUCCUGUUUCUAGCCAUUAGACCUGUGCACAUUUUGUGCACUGUCAUUCUCAAACAUGCAUGGUGAUGCUGUAGUGGACAGCACUUGACUGUAAACAGUGGCACCUGCAUUUAUUUGGACCCUUGAAAGCUGUGGUAUCCUAUUUGAUUAUCCUCAUAGUAUUGUGCAUUGUUCUCCUGUUGAAAUAGUCAAUCUUCAAUUGGGUGCCCACAUCAGUGGAAUGCUGCUGGACCCAGUGUGGACAGGGUAGAAAAAAACUGCAACUGCACAUUAAAAUCCUUUGGAAAUGCUCAUUGGAAACAAAGAACAUACUAUUUUACACCUUUUGAAUGCAAGGGGCCAGAAUGAUUUGUUUACUGUGAUCCUUUUGCUCCAUAGUUACAGGUGGCUACCAUAAAAUGGGUUAUUUGUAGGUUAUAUUUUUUGGUUUGCUCCAGAAGUUAUUAAUGUGGUAAGGUCAAAUAUUAAAGCAUGGAAAAUUGCCUCUUCACUCCCACAGCUACUCCACAUUAGAUUACUUGUUCUAUAGUAUUUCUGAAAACCUUGCUGUAAAUGACAGCCUCAAUAUUUUGUCCUCUUAUAAAAAAAAUUCAGAUAUGUUCUACUGCUCCUAUUUUUCACAACCAGGUUGUUUUAAUACUUUAAAACUGAUUGGCUUUGAUAAUCAUUUAAGAAGCUAUGGUUCCUUUAAAGCACAUAAUUGUUCUAUGUUUUUUUAAACAAAAUAGAAGAAUCCUAAUUGCAGUUUUGUAGCUGGAUUGAACAGUUAGUUUAUCCCACUGCACUGUGCGCAACUCGGUGAACCUGAUCCUGGUUAAGGAUAGAAGCAACAAUCUCAAAACAAUAAGAAUUACAAUUUAAAGCCAUUACUGUGGCUUGAGUUAGAACAACAAACUUUCAGUUUUUCUCAUCUGCCUUAAGCCCCUAGUUUAGACGUGCCCCAAAGGAGCAAUGUGAUGCAGGUUUUGUUCUGUUUAAUGGCUGUAGGUUAAGGGAGAGUUAUGUAGUGUUUUGUUUUUUAAAAAGGUAUAGGCCAGCCAAGAGGGCUACUACAGUGCAAAUACCAGUUUUAUCAUAUAUAUAUAUAUAUAUAUAUAGAGAUAUAUAUAAAUAUAUUUAUUUUUAAAAUUAACCAUACUAAGAACUUUUUUAACUCCCUUAAAUUCCAUGUACUCUCCUCAUCCAUCAUUCAGUGACUUAUACAGCACAAAUAUGGCUCCGGUUGAGUCAUCUUGCAGGAGUUAUUACUGCUGCCUUCUCAAAAAUCCAUAAUUAAGAUGCAUGAAACCAGUCAGAUCACCGAUACUCAGUAGCCUAGAAACUCUAGUGUGCUGUUAAAACUAUGCAGUUGUCACAAAUGCAGUGACAGGUGCUUUAAAACACACUCCCCAAACCUUGCUAAGUAUUGAUGGUCCUGUAGAGUACUUACAUUGUUUUAUCUUAUUUUAUCUAACAAUGUUUUUGUUUUUAAAACAAAUGCAUUUGUUCUCAACGUUUACUCUGGCUAAAUUUCUCUGUCAAAUUUCAGUUUCUUCUCCCAAAACUGACAAAUUCCAUUCAAUUCUUCUGCUGUUUGAACAGCUGCAGUUUGCCGAAUGAAAUGCAGCUGAUGUAGUUUUGUAAGGCAGGAUUGAGGUUAAGUUUGGAAGAACUAUCCCUGCUGUUGAUGUUGCUCAUAAUCUUCCCAAAAAUGAGAACCUGACAAAGGACAAGGACAGGUAUCACUGAAUCCCUGGAUUAUUUUUGUUUGUUUCAGAGUUUUAGUUUACCUCAAAUACACUUCUCUUCAAUGUGUCUGCAACAUGAGCCAUGUAAGGCCAGGAAGGCCACUGGUUAGACUCUCGUUUUAUGCUGAAUUAGUUAACCUCAGCUGAGUCAGAGCUCAAUGGCCCCAGGCUAAAUUGGGGAAAUAAAUUGGUGAUGCUUCUUACUCCUAAUCACUGUCCAGCUGGAAAUGUGUUUGUGGACUGCCAAUAGUAUCAUGCUCAGUUGUCAAUUAGCCUGCUGAUGUUCACUUACAUGCACACAUGAAGAAUGUCUACCAGGCAAGUAGUGCUUAUGGAACCAAAGUCCAGCAUUAAGCACUUCAGGAAGGAGAGGGGGACACAGUUUGAGAUGGGGAGAAAUAAAAGGGCAGUUCUGUUAGUCCAGUGAAUACAAUCCUAUUGAUGGGUUGGACUCCUAGUCUUGGUUUUGUUACCAGUCACAUGAUCAGUUUGGCAGGUUAUGGGCCAGGUCACUGUACAGCAGUGGAGCAUUUUGCUGGAAAGACAAAGGAACGGUCACAAGGCCUCAUGCAAUAUUUGGACAGCUGGACAAACUGGCAUUUAUGCUCAAUAGUGUGCAAUGAAAAAGCCAAGGGGAGAACAUAUACCUAAUUUUUAACAGCUUUUCUGCAAAGACUUGGAAGCUCACUGCAGUUGUAUAAUCAUUCGUAAAUCUGCAUGUACAAGGAGUCAGGCAUUUUCUUUGAGUAAAUGUACUUCCAGCACAGAUUAUUGUACAGGUUGGAUUAUUGUAAAAGAGUGGUUUGAAAGUUUCAUCAGUUAACUGAAAGAUAAUUAUGGUUAUCUUACUGUUUGUAACUUUGUUAGAAUUUAAUCUUCGGUUAAAUCUUGAGAUGGUUGGACACCUGAAGCUAGCUGAUGUAAUUUAGUUGUUCCUAAACGGCCUAUAAAUGUGAAGGGCAAAAAUUAAAAAGGAAUAUCAAAUUCAGUUCAUUUUUUUUGUAUCCUUCUAAAGAUUUUAAUUGCUUUUUUCCCUGUGGCCUCUUUGUGCUUUGCUCCUUGUCAUCUGCCGAUGCUGUUGCAUGACUCGCUGGCAGGUGUGGUAUGAGGAAGGUCUGUCUUGGCACCUCACCAAGUGGCACAGCCCAGAUUGAUAAUGAACCAUGUUGCAAAUUACAGCUGCUGCUCUUUGCACCCUAUUGUUUCAUGAGACACUGCCUGCUCCAAAAUUUUUACAGUAGUUCCAAAAGGGCGCGGUAGUUUUGUAUUUUUUCCUCUUCCCCAUCUCCUCCCUCUGUUCCAGCUUAUUCCAAUUGAUCCACAGAUAAGCAGAGGGCAGGCAGCCCAAUCUCAGACACUUUCCAAUGAAGCAGCAGCACUCCAGUAUGGGACACCAGUUUGCUGUUACUAAUAUUUCUGUGAGGAAUAUUAAACUGGAAGAAUUAAAUUUUUCUGUGCUCCAGAGACCUGUUAAAUGUCUACUACUAUUUUGAUUCUUCCCUAUUUUCAGUUUGGUUAACUGUAAAGCUUCCUGUCUGUGAUCUGAAAGACAAAACCAUUUAAAAUGAAUGUUAAAUUGCACAACAGAUGGUGUCACAAUUUUGUUUAUGUAUAGCUUCCACCUUCUUGGCUCUGGUUUUACAUAAUUAUUACUUAAUUUUAACCUUAUUCUUUGAAUCAUCUACAGUGGAGGACAUGUUGCAGGGGCCUUUCUAAAUCCCAUCUGAGCCUGAUCCUCUUCUCAUCCCACUCCACACUUACUAGCAGGGGUAUCUAAACAGUGAUCAGGAGUAGGAAUGCUAGCAAUUUUUCCUUUCCCCAAGCUAAGGAGAGCUGACUGAUUUCUCUGCUGAGAGCAACUGACACUGAUGGGAUCUAUAAGGUUCAGCUUCUCAACAGAUGGACAAUUCUUGGCCAUUUAAUUAUUUAUAAUUCUCAUAUUUGGGACUGAGGUUAGUAACAAUAAUGCAUACCCAGAGAGAAUAAAAGUCUCUCCUACUCCAUAAUGAUCUGUGCAAGUUAAGUAUGGAAGCAGAGUUUUUAAUUGGGGCAGACAUGAGACAGAUCCAACUGGGAAAUGUAGCAUUCUCUCCUUUCACAUUGCAUUCUGGCAAACAUUAGCUAUGCAAAUAAUAGACCAUAUUUCUUAAUGUCAGCUGUGAAAGACUUUGGGAUAGCGCUGCAAAAAUAGAUCUAAGACAAUUUUUAAAAAAUGGAUAUUAAGAUAGCUAUAGUUUGAGGCACCUUCGACUAGUACUAGCUAGCAGUUUUUUUUAUUUUCUAGUAAACUUGAUGCCAAAAAUGACCAGCAGCUUCUUUUGAAUUGGCUUGAAACAAACCUGUACUCAAUGUAAAAACAAAUGUGUUUUAGAGCAGCUCUUUAGAGGCCGGUUACAGAUUUCAUUUCUGAACCAAUUUUGUUCUGAAUGUUCCUCAUCUGUCUUCAACCAGUGUCAUUGUGGUAGGGUUGUAACUAUUGCUGAUAGUGUUGGUGGAGCUGCCCCACAGGAUACAACAUUCUGUCAACCAAAAGGCUACAGCAACAGAUUGGUUUUUUCACUGUUUUUCCCAUUUCACUCCCAACCAGAAACCAGUGCAGAAAGUGCUUGUUUGUCACAUUGCCCCAAAAUUAGGCUGAAUCUGAAACUAUGUCCGUGUCCUUUCUUUACUCUCCCUCCACUCAAUCCUAGUUUUAAAACUUUUAGCUUUGCAGUGGCCCAUUAGUGUAAGAGCGCUUGCUUCACAUUACUCCUAUAAAGUCAAUAUUGCAAUUACUCAAGCAUAUUGUCUGGGGUGGGUUCUUUGCAAGGUUGUUGGAUAGGGAUGUUUAUGGGGGCCUGUUCUCAGCUAAGUAUAGACAUAUAAUGAUGCAGGGUGGAGUUGGGCAAAAACACAAAUGAAGAUGAACUGUACUCUGUUCUAAUGCUGCGAGCAGCAGACCUGCAGUAUCAGUCAGUAUCCUUUAAGUAAUGAACUGGACAUGACCAGAAAGAGCAAAAGUAGCUGCACAUCUUAGGUCAGCGCUCAGGAGGCUGAGGCACUAAUUAGCACCAAGAACCUCAUGGUGGGGGUUGCUCUCCUCAUACACCAGCAUUCACUUCAAAUUGGAUGGAUGUUUUACCCCACAGUGGAUGCAACCACAUGCUGUAAAUGAGCUUGGUGAAAAGUGCUCGGCUUGUGGGCUGCAAGUUACCGCUUUUCCAUUAUUUGUAUUUCUUUGUACCGGCCACUUUUUUUUCCAGCUGAACUGAGAUUUUUUUUUAUAUAUACAAAACAAACUUCCUUUUAAAUUAGGCUGCAAGAGUUUUAUGUGCUUGUUGUAUUUUAUUUUUAAAUUUGAGUGGUAUCUCAUGUCAUUUCUGUACAUUUCUUUCCAUAAAUAAAGAUGAACAAGUUUUGGAAAUAA